GAUUUGAGAUCUUCUUCUUCUUCUUCUUCUUCACAAUCUUUUUCAUCCUCUUCAUUAUUUUCCUCCUCUUUUAAUUUCUGAGCAUCCUCUAUGGCGGUUUUACCUAGAAGCUCCUCCAGCUUGGAAUUGACCAUGUCUGUCCCAGGUUUUGCUUCUUCACCAACCCUUCCACUGUUUGGUAUUACAGUGAAGGAAUUGGACAUAAACCAAGUACCUCUAGAAGAAGAUUGGAUGGCAUCAAACAUGGAAGACGAAGAAGAAAGCAGCAACGGAGACCCUCCCCGCAAGAAACUCCGUCUCACGAAGGAACAGUCCCGUCUCCUUGAAGAAAGCUUCAGACAAAACCACACUUUAAACCCAAAGCAGAAAGAGGCUUUGGCAAUGCAACUGAAGCUGCGACCAAGGCAAGUGGAGGUGUGGUUUCAGAACCGUAGGGCCAGAAGCAAGCUGAAGCAGACAGAGAUGGAGUGUGAGUACCUAAAGAGGUGGUUUGGGUCACUGACAGAGCAGAACCGAAGGCUUCAGCGGGAAGUUGAGGAACUGAGGGCUAUGAAGGUGGGUCCACCCACUGUCAUUUCUCCUCACACUUGCGAGCCACUCCCAGCAUCCACACUCACCAUGUGUCCCCGCUGUGAGCGCGUCACCACCACCGCCGACAAAGCCGCCACCGUCGCCGCCACUUUGUCCGCUAAAGUACCUUCGCCUUCCCUUCAAUCUCGUCAACCUUCUGCGGCUUGUUGA